CAUCAAUUGACCGAGCUCACCUCACAGCUUACUCCUCAUUCCCCCUACGAAGCGAGAACGCGUCCGUCCGUAUACGAUCACCGCAUUCCCAGACCGAGACAACCGCACAAGCCUCGUGACUCAGCUUCACGAGCGCAGUCACGACUGCCGCUUGUUCUAGACAACGCUGUUGCCCGUGUCUUUGAUAAGCCGUCUUGCGGGCGAUCACGUACUGCCAUUCUUUGUUUCCUUCAAUACACCUAAGAUAACCACCUACGACAUCCUCUACCUCGUACACUCCCACAUCCACGACCAUCACAACAGACAUCAAGGUGCCCAUUCAGUCCCCUUCGGCGGCUAAGCGAUCUACCAACACUCAACUCGACCACUCCAACAGUACGGAACGCUCUUGCGUUCAAGCCACCAUGUCCUCUGAGCAGACCUUCUCCAACGCCGAUCUCCGCAGCACUGCUCAAGACUACAAACGCGACGCUGCACACAAGCACAAAUGGGCUCUCGGUGCCGUUGAUGGCACUGGACGAGCACAGGGCAAGCCACGGCCUCAGCGCGUGUCGGAGAAUGAGUACAUUUUCCGACGCCGCGCUGAGAAGGGCGAGGUAGCUUCCUACGCCCAGGCCGCGAAGGUGGCUCGCAAGCACGACAUGCUCGACGGUGCAGCCAUUACGGAUGACUCCUCUGGUAGCAACAGUGAUGAGUACGACGAGACUCCAUCGCCACCUGUCGACGCUGGCGUGACCUACUCCUUCGAUGCCGUUCGAUCACCAACCAAAGGAAGCCAGAUCUUGAAUGUCGCCCUCGCCAAAGCCGUCGAGAAGUUCGAAGAGAGAGAAACUGUCAAGCUGGUGAAGAGCGAGUAUGAGCUCCUCGACUCUGACGGCGAGACAAUGGCGCCUUCUCCAAUGAAGCCAGAGAAGAAACGCAAGGGCAAGAAGGCCGAGUCCGCGGUGGUCGUUGGUGAGGAUGAGGACUACGAAUUUGUCUAAGCUUCCACAUGCACCGCUCGUCGACGAUGAUACGAUUGUAUAAUGCCCCGUGACAUGGCGUUUCGGUUGGAUUGUUCUACUACUUCUACACCCGCCACCACAGUAUUGAUUGGUUUGCAUUUCGGUGGAAUACGUCGAGGACAGCAUAGGAAAUGGCGUUACAUCAGCAUGGUCAUGAGAAGAGCUCCCGUGACUUUUGGGGGCGUUCUUUGAGGACAUGAACUUUGCGCGAUACCCUAUUAGCAGAGUUAGUACAGACAGCAGCAGUUGACGAGCCUGUCAAUUCCGAAUGAAUCAUUUGAGUCUGCGGUCAAUUGGCCGUAGGCAGAAUCGAG